CCUGGAUGACCAUGAUCAUGAAUGACAUCCAGCAGCACUACUUCCUCGACUUUCUUCUCUUGUUUCUCUCCGCCAUAUUCUUGUUCAAAUUCAUUUUCAACAAGUUAACCAAGCCAAAAGCAUCCAAUCUCAAGCUCCCUCCGAGCCCCCCGAUGAUACCCUUCAUAGGUCACCUCUACCUCCUUGGGCCAUUCUUUCAUGAAUCAUUGCAAAACCUCUCCGCCAAAUAUGGCCCUAUUUUCAAUCUCCGCCUUGGUAUUUCUCGAUGGUGCAUGGUUGUCCAAUCAGCCUCUGCGGCAAAAGAGAUAUUCAAAACCCAUGAUCUCUCUUUUGCGCAACACCCAAACUUAGCUUUCGCCGAUGAAACCCCUUACGGAGAAUCAGGAUUUUUCAGUGCUCCGUAUGGUGAUUAUUGGAAGUUCGUCAAGAAAGUAUACGUGAAUGAACUGUUCUCAACCCGACAACUUGAACGAUCACGGGCGCUCAGGGAGCAAGAACUUGACUGGUUUUUGCAUAAAGUGUUUGAGAGUGAAGAAGAAAGAUGUGUUGAUGUGGGUGUUGAGCUUAUGAAGCUUACAAAUAACAUUGUAUGCAGGAUGGCAAUGAGUACAAGGUGUUCAGAGAAAAAUGAUGACGCUGAGAGGAUUAGGGAGUUGGUGAAAGAGACCUUUGAGGUUGGGUCAAAGCUUUUUAUUGGGGAUGUGCUAGGGCCCCUAAAACGAUUGGCUUUCUGGCUUUACGGAAGUCAGGUCCUAGAUGUGACUCUGAGGUUUGAUGAGCUUUUGGAAAAGAUAUUAAAGAAGCAUGAAGAUCAAAUUCGGAAGGGAGAGAAUGAGGAUUUGAUGGAUGUGUUGUUGAAGGUGUACAGUGAUGAUAGGGCUGAGUUCAAGAUGACCCGAACUCAUCUCAAGGCUUUAUUAAGCGAUAUUUUCGUGGGAAGCACAGGAACCUCAUCGGAGGCCAUUGUACGGACAUUAGCUGAGCUCAUCAAUCAUCCAAACAUAUUCAGAAAGCUCAGAGAAGAAAUCAAAUCGGUUGUGGGCGGUUCUAGAUUAGUUCAGGAAUCAGACGUGGUAAAUCUUCCUUACUUACAAGCAGUUGUGAAAGAAACACUAAGACUAUAUCCACCAUUACCUGUGACAACAAGAGAAUGCCGCCAAGCUUGUAAAAUAGAAGGCUUUGACGUGCCCCAGAAUACUAUGGUGGCAAUCAAUCUGUAUGCUAUAAUGAGAGAUCCAGAGUUAUGGGACAAUCCAAACGAGUUCUGGCCAGAAAGGUUAUUGGCUUUCUCUAAAGAACAUGAUCAAGAUGGGAGUGUUGGAGAAAAUUCAAAAUUUCUUACUUUUGGAGGGGGAAGGAGAGCUUGUCCUGGUGCAAAGAUAGGGUUGAUCAUGAUGCAUACUGCAGUGGCAGCCAUGGUUCAAUGCGAUUGGAAGGUUGAAGGAGAUCAUGAAAACAAGGUGAAGGUAAAUAUGGAAGUUGGAAAGGGAGUUUUUAUGCACUUGGCUCAUCCACUCAAAUGUCUUCCCGUGAUUUGCUUCAACCCAUUUGCUUCUUCGAUCAAUAUAUAGAUCUGGAAGAUCAUGCAUGUAUGCUCU